UCAGUGGAUCAACAAAAACCAUUGGAAAGUGUUACGCCAGAGGCCCCACUGGUACUGCAACUGAAGAAGAAAAACGAGUGGAAACAAGGCAAAGUGAUCUUACUCACCGGAGCAGUUAAGAUCAUUAAUGCCGAAGGUGAAGCCCGAGAAGUAGUCGUUUUAUUGGACACCGGUUCAGAACUUUCGUUUAUAGAGGAACAACUCGCAGAGGAACUCAACUUGCCAGUUGUGGGUACAACCUCACUAGAAUUGAACACAUUCGGCACGCCAGCUACGAAGAUCAAAACCUGUGCGAUUACGCGCUUAACGCUGAUGGAUCGCAAUGGAACCAAGCACAGUGUACAACUUUACAAAAAUGAUUACAUCACAAGUGCCGUACAACAAGCAAGCCUCAAUAAGGAAGAUUUGCAGUUUAUCCGGAAAGGAAAAUACCGCCUAUCUAUGCCAAUAGAAGAGGGAGAAGUGAAACCACAGAUCUUACUCGGCUGUGAUUACCUCUGGAACUUUAUUGAGUCAGGCAUGAAGCUGAGUCUACCAUCAGGCUUGCAGCUAAUACCCACUAAAUUGGGGUACAUUAUUAGCGGCAGGCAAAGCCAAAGUAGCCAAAGACCGGCAAUAACAUGCACUUUACAAGGUUCCGAAACCGAAAAGGAGAUAUGGGAUCGUUACUGGUCUUUGGAAUCAACCGGCACAGAAGAAUUUACUGGUACACAGCAAACCGAGCUGCAGAAGAUAAACGAGAAGGUACUCCAGGACUUCAAGGAGUCGAUCGAAAAGCGAGAAGAUGGCUACUAUGUACGUUUGCCAUGGAAAGAAGACCACCCAGAUCUUCCGGAUAAUAAAGCACUGGCUCUCAAGAGACUGGAAAAGGUCUUGGAGAUAUACCAGAAUGACACGGAGACCUUGAAUGCAUACGACAAAACAUUCAAGGACCAGUUGGAAAAGGGAGUCAUAGAGGAGGUAUCGCCAAAUGAGCCAACGGAAGGAAGCAUAAUACACUAUCUACCGCACCAGGCUGUUAUCACGCCAUCAAAAGAAACAACAAGAAUGAGGAUUGUCUUUGAUGCGUCGGCUCACUACAAGGAUUGCCCAUGCUUGAACGACGUCCUGCAUCAAGGCCCCCUCAUUUUACCAGACUUGGUGGGAGUGAUACUUCGAUUCCGACUUCAUCGGAUUGCAGUAAUGUCGGACAUCGAGAAGGCUUUUCUACAAGUGCGGUUACAAGAAAGAGACCGCGAUGCAACGCGCUGCAUAUGGGUAAGGGAAAUUACGCUCCCACCCACGCCAGACAACUUGGUGGUCUACAGGUUUACCCGAGUCACUUUCGGUCUCAAUGCUUCGCCGUUCUUGUUAAGUGCGACGAUAGAUUAUCAUCUAGAAAACACAGCAAGUAACGACGAUAUGGCACCGGAAAUCAGGAAAAACCUGUAUGUAGAUAACCUCUUUUUUGGAGCACAGUCAUCCGAAGAAGCACUCGCGAAAUACACUCACACAAAAGCGCUAUUUCGCGAGCUGAAUAUGAAUCUUCGAGAAUACCGCUCCAACGACCAGCAAUUCAACACAACAAUCGCCGAAGCGGAUAGGAUGAAAUCCGUUUGUCCAAAGGUCCUCGGAAUUCCCUGGAAUUCAGAGACGGACAAAUUUAUCAUCAGAGGGUCUAUGGUUGCUUCAAAGGAGAAGAUUACCAAACGCACCGUUACACAGCAACUAGCAUCGAUAUACGACCCAAUGGGAUUCCUAGUGCCUCUUUUGCUUCCAGCCAAAAUAUUCCUUCAGUCGCUGUGGAAGGAAGAGCUGGAUUGGGAUACGCCGCUUACCGCACCAUUACAGGAUCAGUGGCGGCAGAUAUCGAGCGAGAUAUCUACAUUCUGCAAGGAAAUAAACAGGCAAAUCAUCAGGAAACCCCACACUGCGCGAUUGGUCGUUUUUACAGAUGCUAGCCAAUGGGCAAUGGCAGCAUGCGCGUACCUCACGACGAAGGAAGAAUCCAACCUGAUAAUGGGAAAAUCAAAGCUCCCAUCAAUAAAGACGGCGAUGACGAUACCGAAGCUGGAAAUGAACGCAGCAACGUUAGGCUUGCGGCUAGCUUGGUUUAUCUGUAAAGAACUGGAAUCGAUCUAUCGCAUUAACGAGGUUAUAUGCUACACAGAUUCCGACAUAGUACUGGCAUGGAUAAAAGCACCUCCAACCCGACAGAGCGCAGGUGUCUUAGUGACUAAUCGACUGGCAGAAAUGAGACGGAUAAACAAGGAUUUAAAGAACCAUAAUGUAACGUGUUUCUUCGGACACGUCACAACGUCAGAAAAUCCGGCCGAUUGCGGAUCGAGAGGACUGACAGCGGAAGCACUGCAGAAUCAUCAAUGGUGGAAAGGACCACACUUUAUAAACAAGCCAGACUACACGAAGCUGAGCACGAUCGCAGAAGAAGAAAAAACGACAUCAGCUCUAGUGGAGGUAAUAGCGACAACAAAGGAAGCAUCAAAAGACGAGAUUAUAGAUCUACAAAGAUACAGCUCUUUCGAGAAAGCCCAGAGAGUAUGCGUCUACGUAUUACGCUUUAUAGGAAAAUCGCUAAACCACUUUACCGAAAAAAGAAAGGAAGCCAUUCAAAGGACCAUUCCGGCACUGAAAGUAAUCUCAAAGGCGCAGAACAUCACGGGAGCAGAGAUGCAUGAAAGCAGAAUGUGCAUAAUUCGAGAUCACCAAAAACACUACGUGAGCGAACAUCAAAUAAAAUCACAAAAGGAGCUGAACAUCCGAAAGGACGAACAAGGAGUGCUACGCUGCUACGGGCGCUUAAGCAAGUCAGAUCUAUCGACUACGACGAAAACACCGAUAUACAUCGCAUCAAAAACCGCGUUAGCACAGCUCAUCAUCGCAGAAGUACACAACAACUAUCACCGCGGAGUCGCUCAUACGAUCUCCUCAGUACGGGAAAACUACUGGAUACCGAAAAUAAGGCAGCAAGUGAAGAAAAUCAUCACAAGGUGCGUACCGUGCCAGAAGAUGAACAACCUUCCCUUCUAUUAUCCUGACAUGGAAGCUUUGCCGACUACGAGAGUGCAGAAAGCAAAUCCAUUCGCGCACAUUGGAUUGGAUUAC